AACCGACGGUUUCUUGCACGUGAAUCUAGAAAUGGCGGAGCAGCAGCCGGUGCGCGGUGUGGACGUGGACGUGGACCUGGACCUGGACCUGGACCUGGACCUGGACCUGGACCAGAACCAGUUCUGCUGUUCCGUGUGUCUGGACCUGCUGAGGGAACCCGUCACCAUCCCCUGUGGACACAGUUACUGCAGACGCUGUGUCGGGGGUUGCUGGGACCAGCAGGAGGCGGAGGGGGGUCAGUCCAGCUGUCCUCAGUGCAGAGAGACCUUCAGUCCGAGGCCGCUCCUCAAGAGGAACACCCUGCUGGCUGAGGUGGUGGAGAAGCUGAAGAAGAGCAGCACCCAGCAGCCCCCUCCUCCUCCAGCCUGCGGCCCAGAAGAUGUCGUCUGUGACUUCUGCUGUGGGACCAGACGGACCAAAGCCACCACGUCUUGCCUGACGUGCUUGGCGUCCUACUGUGCGGCUCACCUCGAGCCUCACCACAGGGUCCCCGUGUUGAAGAAGCACCAGCUGGUCUCGGCUACGAUCCCGCUGCAGGAGAAGAUGUGCGAGAAGCACAACAAGCUGAUGGAGGUCUACUGUCGGUCGGACAGGAAGUGUAUCUGCUAUCUGUGCAUUAUAGAUGAGCACAAGAGCCACAAUACGGUGUCUUCUGCAUCGGAGAGGGCCGAGGAACAGAAACAGCUGAUUGUCAGUCAAAAGAAAGUCCAGCAGAGAUUCCAGGAGAGAGAAAAGGAGCUGAAUGGGCUGCUGCAGGCUCUGGAGGAUUUCAAGACCUCUACCCAGCCUGCAAUGGAGACCUGUGAUAAGAUCUUUGAAGAGAUGAUCUGCUCGGUGAAGAAAAAGCGCCAUUUGGCGAAGCAGCUGAUCGGCGCCCAGAAAGCGAGUGCAGCCGCUCGGGCUGAGGAGCUGCAGCUGCAGCUGGAGGAGGAGAUCAGCAAGAUGAAGGGGAGAGACGCGGAACUGGAACAGCUGUCUCAUACGGAAGACCACAUCCAUUUCAUUCAGAGCUUCCAGUCCCUCUCCACCUUCUGUGAAUCUCCAGACUUGCCUCCUGUUUCUGUUUUUUAUCCUCAACGCUCAACGUUCAAGCCUUUGACCGACUGCGUGUCUAAGCUGAGGGAUGACAUGGAGCGCCUCCUGAAGGACACGUGGCCCGGGAUCCUUAACACGGUGUCUAAUAUAGAUGUUGUGCCACCUGCGCCAAAGACCAGAGAGGACUUUUUACGCUAUUGCCGUCCUCUCACCCUGGAUGAGAACGACGUCUCCCAAUAUUUGACCAUUUCAGAAGAACACCGACGGGUGACGAGUAACUACUGUCCGGUAGAUACACGUCUGAAUUAUAAUAAUGGUUAUGGUAGACAUGAAUACUCUCGCCCCCCUCCCCAGCAGAAGAUGGGGCAGGUGUGGUGCAGGGAGGGUUUGUCAGAGCGGUGUUACUGGGAGGUCAGCUGGAGCGGUGCUACUUGGUCUGUGGCCGUGUUCUACAAAGACGGCAGCAGAACAAAGGACCUAGAGUUUGGAACCGACAACAAGUCGUGGAGUUUCUUGUGCUCCCCAAACGGUUCCACUUUCCGCCACAACAACGGAAGCAAAGCGGUGUCCGGCCCUCGGUCCUCCAGCGUCGGAGUGUACCUGGAUUAUAAAUUAGGUACUCUGUCCUUUUAUAACGUCUCCGACCCGAUGACUCUGCUCCACAAAGAACACAUCAAGUUCACUGAGCCUCUCUAUCCCGGCUUUGAGCUUAAGAAUACUGGAUCCCAGUACGAUCUCACCAGAUAUUAUGCAGAACUGAUGAAGUUAUGGUGAACACAUUUAUAUUGGGGGUGGUUAAUGUGCUACUGUUGAUCGGGCAGUAGCUGUCUGUCCAAUACACACCACAUGGUGAAGGAGAGGAUGUGAUUUUAACUCUAAAAUAACUGUUGAAUCCGGUCUGGCCCUUAAGGUCCUGCAGCCGGUCAAAAGGCAGAACAAGUUUAUAUAUAUAUUUGUUUUGUGAAGGGGUGAAAGAUUCAAUGAUAAGUUGGAAACCAGGAUUUAGCGAUUGGUUCAGUGGGGAAAUAAUUACACAUUUUGGAAAGAUGAAAGUGAUUAAUAAUCAAAAAAUUAAUUAUUUUACACUUUCCAUGUUUGUUUGUUUAUUCUUUGAUGUGUUUUUGUAUUUUGCUUUGCUUAUAUUCUUUUUCUACACAUCACUGUUCAUUUCAUACUCAUAUAUACCGCAUAACUCUGCAUGUAACUGCUUAUUGUACUUUUGCAUUUCGUUGUCUCGCUAUUAUACUGUUUAAUGACAAUAAAGUUCAAUGUAAUCUAAUCCA